AUGCAGAUGUAAUCCUACACUAUAAAUAGUAGUUCCACACUUGCACAGCUACAUUAUCCAAAAACCCAAUUAAGCUUAGAGCUAGCAGGAGAGCUUUGUGAGUCUGCUAUACCAAAUCCAAUGGCUCAGUUCACAGAAGAUUUGAAGCCUUCGUUUCCUUUCUUAGACAUUGAGCCAAGCAGUAUUGAACUUAUAAACCAGUAUGCAGACCAAUUCAAUCAUCUUGGUGUUUUGGACUACUCAAGCUUGAAUCACUUCCAAGGCUACAUGCCUUUUUCAAGUGACAAUUUCUUUGGCAACAGCCAAGGACCUGAAUUCCCAGGAACCUUGGUCGAAAACUUUCCGGCUGGUUUUGUUCAACAGAACAGCAGCAGCGACAACAACUUGAAGAAUGAUGAGGCCUCAGCUGCUCAGUGCCUUGUCGCAGCUGGAAACCCUGAAUUCCAAGAAAGCAAGAAGAGAAUAGCAAUGGAGAUGUCAGAGAGCAGUUCUGGAGUCUCCAAUCCCUCAGUUUCGAAAACUGGGAUCAAGAGAAAAAAUAGCUUGGGAAGAGGAAAGAGGGUGAAAAUCAGUAAUGAGGAGGAAGAUGAGAAACCAAAGGAAGUGGUUCAUGUUAGAGCCAGGAGAGGCCAAGCCACUGAUAGUCACAGUUUAGCAGAAAGGGUUAGAAGAGGAAAAAUCAAUGAGAGACUGAGAUGCUUGCAAGAUAUUGUCCCAGGUUGCUCUAAGACUAUGGGAAUGGCGGUAAUGCUAGACGAGAUAAUUAACUAUGUGCAGUCCUUGCAGAACCAGGUUGAGUUCCUGUCUAUGAAGUUAACUGCAGCAAGCUCUUUCCAUGACUUCAACUCAGAGACAGAAGAUGCUAUGGAAACAAUGCAGAGGGCAAAACAGUUGGAGAGAGUGAAGAUAGAAGCAGGAUAUGGAGGAGUAGUUGACAGUAGCUUCCAGUAUUCCUCAACUAAUUAUUGGUCUCUCUGAGUCUCAAAGAGUCUGACUACAAUUUUGGAUGCUACUGCAAUUUUAUGCAUGCCAUACAACAAACACAUGAAGAUGCUAUUGCUCUAGCUCCAUCUCCUGAUAUUUUAUAUAUAAUUUUAGGGCCUUCAUUUUAAUAUAAAAUUUGUCCCCAUGCACUUCAUGCUAUGUCUGGCAUAAGUGUAAAGUCUCAUACUUUAAUUGUAAAAGCCUCACUCAUGUGGGAAAAUUUAUCCAGAUUAAUACAAGGACUACAGUCAAAUUUUUCUCCUA